GUGACAAAUCUGAUCGGAACUUUCUACAGCCAGGAAAGACUGAUGUUUCCUGCUUCUCUCACUUCACAGACGCUUAUGGACAGCAACACAAUACACGACCAGUGUGAAGGCUCAGGGGCUUCUGUCAGAACCGGAACCGGGAAAAUGUUCGUUUUACUCCCAGUUUAAAUGCUGUAGAGCGAAAUAUCUUCCCUGACCAACCGCCGCAUCAGAAUCCUGUAAGCAGUGAGCAUGAUGUGGCCGGGCCAGCGUCUUGAAGUCUCAUCCUGAGGACGCCGUGUUACUUCAGGACUUCACCUUUAAUGCCGGCAGACACCAAGAUGGACGAGCAGCCCGCCCCCCCCAACGUCAGCAUCCCCUGCCACGACGAGCAGAGGGACAAGAAGAAACGCUUCACGGUUUACAAAGUGAUCGUUAAUGUUGGACAGCAGGAAUGGUUCAUCUUCAGGCGUUACGCAGAGUUUGAUAAACUCUACAACACAUUAAGGAAACAGUUUCCUUCUAUGAACUUGAAAAUUCCUGCCAAGAGGAUAUUUGGGGACAAUUUUGAACCUGAGUUCAUCAAGCAAAGGCGAGCCGGGCUGCACGAGUUCAUCAAGCGAAUUGUUUCACAUCCUCAGCUCUGCAACCAGCCGGAUGUGAGGACCUUCCUGCUGAUGGACAGAAUGCAGAACUUUUCUGACGCAUCUGAGGACGAAGACGACAAAAACAACUCUACCUCCAGAAACAUUAACCUGGGACCCUCUGGGAAUCCACAUGCCAAGCCCACAGACUUUGACUUUUUGAAAGUCAUAGGAAAGGGGAGUUUUGGGAAGGUUUUCCUUGCAAAACGAAAACAUGAUGAAAAGUAUUAUGCAGUCAAGGUUUUGCAGAAAAAGGUCAUCCUCAACAGAAAAGAGCAAAAACACAUCAUGGCAGAGCGCAACGUGCUGCUGAAGAACGUGAAACACCCAUUCCUGGUCGGGCUCCAUUAUUCCUUCCAGACCACAGACAAGUUGUACUUCGUCUUGGACUUUGUGAACGGAGGAGAACUUUUCUUCCAUCUUCAAAAAGAGCGAACCUUUCCAGAGCCCCGAGCAAAGUUCUACAUCGCUGAAAUGGCGAGUGCACUGGGGUAUCUGCACUCUCUCAACAUUGUUUACAGAGACUUGAAGCCAGAAAACAUCCUCCUCGACCAUGAAGGGCAUAUCAUUUUGACCGACUUUGGAUUGUGCAAGGAAGGCAUUUCCCAGGCAGACACCACCACAACCUUUUGUGGAACACCUGAGUACUUAGCUCCAGAAGUCCUGAGGAAGCAGCCAUAUGAUAACACAGUGGACUGGUGGUGUCUGGGCUCAGUGUUGUAUGAAAUGCUCUUCGGCCUGCCGCCGUUCUACAGCAGGGACACACAUGAAAUGUAUGACAACAUCCUCCACAAGCCGCUGGUGGUGCGUCCCGGUGCGUCCGGCACCGCCUGGUCUCUGCUGCGGGGCCUGCUGGAGAAAGACGGCACACACAGACUGGGGUCCAGGGAUGACUUUAAUGAGAUCAAAGCACACGGCUUCUUCGCCUCCAUCAACUGGGACGACCUCGAACAGAAGAGGAUCUCUCCCCCAUUCACACCCAAUGUGAGCUCUUUCUGCGACAUCUCAAACUUCGACCCUGAGUUCACAGACGAGAUGGUCCCGAACUCCAUCUGCUGGUCUCAGGAUCACUCCAUCGUCAACGCCAGUGUGAUGGAGGCCGACGACGCCUUCGUGGGCUUCUCCUACGCCCCGGCUUCUGAUGACUCUUUCCUAUGAAACAUUCCCAACGAGCUCCUCGUUUGCCUUAACCAUCAUCAUAACUUCUUUUGACUAAAGGGAAGAAUUUAUACCAUGGAUUAUUAACUUGUUCUAUGAAGCCAAAGCAAGCAGCUGAGAAGAAACGGCACUUAAAACUGGUUGGGUUGGAACAAAGUGCCAGAAAUGUUUAUUUUUACCAAUUUGUAUUUAUAUAAAUAUAUAUAAAUAUAUAUA